AUGCAGAAGGGUCCUAGAGGUCCUUUAGGCUGGAACCAGAAGAAAAAUAAUCAGAGCGCCACACUUAAACCAACAAUUCGGCACCAUAAUGAUUUUAAUGCAGAACGUGAUGCUAAGAAACUGCAAAAGGCCUGUAAAGGAUUGGGUACUGAUGAAAAAGCUAUUAUUGAAGUGCUGGCGAAUAGGUCCUCCGACCAGCGGCAAGAACUUAAGCUGAAGUACAAGUCAAUGUAUGGAAAGGAUUUAGAAGGCGUGUUAAAGAGUGAACUGAGUGGCAACUUUGAGAAGACCGUCUUAGCGCUGCUGGAUCGGCCUUGUGAGUUUGACGCUAGAGAGCUGAGAAAAGCAAUGAAGGGGGCCGGAACUAAGGAGUCUGUGCUGGUUCAAGUCCUGUGUACAAGGAGCAACCAGCAAAUACGCAACAUUAAAGAAUCCUACAAAAGGCUGUUUGACAGAGACUUGGAGGCUGAUGUGAAAAGUGAUACCAGCGGAUAUUUCCAGAAGAUUCUGGUGUCACUGCUUCAGGCAAACCGGGAUGAGGGUCUAGCUAUUGAUGAAAAACUUGCUGGGGACGAUGCCCAAAGGCUCUAUGGAGCUGGACAGGCUCGAUGGGGUACCGAUGAAUCAGAAUUCAAUGUCAUCCUGGCAACAAGAAACUACAUGCAACUUAGAGCCACAUUUAAAGCAUAUGAGAUUCUCCAUGGCAAAAACAUUGAAGACGUGAUUAAAAGUGAAACAUCAGGAAACCUGAAAUCUGCUUAUCUGACAAUAGUUCAAUGCACUAAGGAUUGUCAAGCCUACUUUGCCAAGAAACUUUACAAAGCCAUGAAAGGGGCCGGGACAGAUGAGGCCACACUGAUCCGAAUUCUGGUCACCAGGGCAGAGAUUGAUCUGGAGACCAUCAAACAAAAAUACGUAGAGUUGUACAAGAAGAGCUUAGCGGAUGCUAUAAAAUCCGACACGUCUGGAGAUUUCGGCAGAAUACUGAUCGCUCUGCUACAUUAA